GCUUAAUAAAAAUUUACACGCGUCAUUAAUCCGGGGGUAAAGGUUAUUGAAGCUUCAUCGAAUACUUCAAUUCUAAAAUGAUUCUCUCGAGUAUCAUAUUCCUCAAUAAUUCUACUUACAGCGGAAAUCAGUGACAGCCACCUGGUCUGUGAUGAAUGCAAUCAUUUAUGGGGUUUGAUGUUAAAAAAUAUUUGAAAUUCCGAAAAUCUUUUAAAAUUGCGAUGCAUAUAAUUGUAUACGCUUCUUACCAACUUUUGGAUCCAUUACUAUAUUUUUUCAUUGUAUUUUUCAAUUUUUUUUGUUUGCCACAAACCUUUCAAAAAAUCACUAGAAAUAUGACAUCUAACAAAGUUUUCACUAAAUCACUGAACUUGUUCAAAAAUCACUAGAUCUAGUGAAAUUC